GUGAGACACACACGUAUCCUCUGUACAGUCUCAGUGUUCAGCUUCAUCAUGGCCGGACGUCUGCUGUUUGUCUUCUUCAUGUAUGUCUUUAAUGGGAUUCAAACAGAAGCUCGUCUUCCACCUAAACUUACAGUGAAUUCAGCGGUGAUCACAGAGACAGACUCAGUCACACUGAACUGUCAGACUCCAUCAUCUGUGUCUGUGUCUCAGUGUUAUUACCAAACUUUAAGUGGAGGAACUGUGAAGAUAUUAUCCUGUCAGCAGACACUGACAGGAAGUGAGCUGCUGAAGAUGGAUCAUCAGAGUUCACCUGCUGAGGUCAAAGUGAAAUGUUUUUACACUGUUCAGAAUGGAGGCAGAAAUGCUCCACACAGUGACACAGUCUCCAUCAGCAUACAAACUCUUCCUCAACCUGACCUGAUGGUGAAUCCAGCGGUGAUCACAGAGACAGACUCAGUCACACUGAACUGUCAGACUCCAUCAUCAGUGUCUGUGUCUCAGUGUUAUUACCAAACUUUAAGUGGAGGAACUGUGAAGAUAUUAUCCUGUCUGCAGACACUGACAGGAAGUGAGCUGCUGAAGAUGGAUCAUCAGAGUUCACCUGCUGAGGUCAAAGUGAAAUGUUUUUACACUGUUCAGAAUGGAGACAUAAAUCUUCAAUCUCCAGAAAGUGAAUAUUCCUCUGUCUCUGUUCAAAGUGAGACAAACUCAAACAAGGAGAGUGCCAGCACUUUGACAACCUCAGUUUCUAUUGUAACUUCACCUGCUGAUCAAGGUUGGACUGUUGGCACAAGUGUAAAUGGUGGUUCCACUGUUACCUCCCAAACACCAGGGACACCAGAAUCAGGUCCGACUGUAAGUCUUCCGGAUACUAAAGAAUUGUGGAAUUGGACAUUUGUCUGGGUUUUCGCUGGCUGUGGAUCUACUGUGAUCAUCACAGUGAUUGUUAACGUUAUUCUCUGGAAGAAAAGAAGAGCUGGUAUUGUAGAGAAAGAGUCCAGAAGGAACCAGAGAAUGCCAUCACUCAUCAAAACCACAGUCACAGGUUCUGAGGGAAUGGAAAGGAGUGAGUCUCGGAAAAGCAACCGGUCUUUGUACCAUAUUUACUCUACCAUCUAUGAGGGUCAGACUGCAGCAGCCAGCAAAGACAUGAUCUACAGCAAGCUGCAGGCACACUGACAUGCUAACAGUUUAAAAGUGUGUCCAAGAAGAGAAGAAGUUGACUGAUGUGAUGUAGAACCAGGGGUACCCAUCACAGACCAGACAGCAGCUGUCAUAUUUCUGACGGACCGGUAACGGCCCGAGGCCCGAUGGUUGGGGACCCCUGAUGUAGAGUAAUCCUGAGCUUCUCUAAUGUCUUCUUCUCAAAUCAACCAAGAUGUAAAACGAAUCCAAAGUUUUCCAAUGUAUUUCAGUCAGAAUAUCAAGUUCAAUCCUGCUUUUUACUGAAAUGUUUGCUUUAAGGUGAAGAUAGACAAUAUUUUUGGAUCUACUUCGUCUCAGACUUGUUGUUUGCUUACUUCUGCACAAACACUGUAUGCUACAGACCCAAUGCAAAAUAUUUGAAUCUUUGUAUAUUUCAAAUAAAACUGAAUUAAUGUG